UACCUCGGGCUGUUUCUCCAUCGCCGUCGCCUUCCUCCCUCGCCCCCGCCUCCCCGCCGCCACCCCACCGAAGCAGAGAGCUCCCGGCGUCUCUCCCCUACGAGGUUAGGUAAGGAUGGUGAGGGUUAGCGUCCUGAACGAUGCUCUCAAGAGCAUGUACAACGCUGAGAAGCGUGGCAAGAGGCAGGUCAUGAUCAGGCCCUCCUCAAAGGUGAUCAUCAAGUUCCUUAUCGUCAUGCAGAAGCACGGUUACAUUGGUGAGUUUGAGUAUGUUGAUGACCACAGAUCUGGCAAGAUUGUUGUGGAGUUGAACGGCAGACUGAACAAGUGUGGAGUCAUCAGUCCCCGCUUUGAUGUUGGUGUCAAGGAGAUCGAGGGAUGGACCGCCAGGCUGCUUCCAUCUCGUCAGUUUGGUUACAUUGUCCUGACAACCUCUGCUGGCAUCAUGGACCACGAGGAGGCAAGGAGGAAGAACGUUGGUGGCAAGGUGCUAGGCUUCUUCUACUGAGCGGAAAUUUUGUUAAAGUAUUUCGAACCAGUGUGAUAGGAUGUUGUCUCAGGACAUCAAGGUUGUCUACUUUUUGCCUGCAUAGCUGCUAUGCCUUUGUUAUGUUAUGUUGGAUUCCGUUAAUUGUUAUGAGAUGCACUAUGAGAUUUCGCGCCUUACCUGCAAUGAAUCAUGACUUUGAAGA